GCUAUCUUUUUGGACACUAUAAAAAACACAUAAACCAGCAAGACCCGGACUAGUGUAUUGUCUCCUAGCUACCAUCUUGUGACUCGUAAUUGCUCUCUUAAUUUCCUUUCAAGCUCUCUUCUGAUUCUUAGCUCCCUUAUACAUUUCAGACAAAAGUACUUUGGACUAGUCUUAAGUCUCUUUUCAUAAAUUCAUGAUCAACCCAAUCUCCCUUCUCUAGGAAAUUUCAUAUUAUAUCUCUUCUCUGAUCAAGUUCAACCUCUUCCAAAUUAUACAAAACAAGUUUUUUUUUUUUUUUUUUUUCAUUUGCGAUCAUUAAUCUCUCAUUGUGAAAGAAAGUCUUUGACCACUUGUAAUCAUUCCCAAAAAGUGAGGGAAAAAUAAAAAUGGGAGUUGAAGGUACUUUGGAGUACUUCUCUAAUCUACUAAGUUCGAAAAAACGCAAGAAAAAGAAGCAAAUGCAAACUGUAGCCCUCAAAGUCAGGAUGGACUGUGAGGGUUGUGCUCGCAAGGUCAAGAGUGUCCUCUCCGGUGUCAAAGGGGCUAAAUCGGUGGACGUGGACUUGAAACAGCAGAAGGUGACAGUAACAGGGUAUGUGGAGCCAAAGAAAGUGUUGAAGGCGGCUCAGUCCACAAAGAAGAAGGUCGAGAUGUGGCCUUACGUUCCCUACCCUCUGGUCGCCAAUCCGUACGUCGCUCAGGCGUACGACAAGAAGGCCCCGCCCAACAUGGUCAGGAAAGUCCCCGACACCGCCACCGCCACGGAGACCACCGUGGACGACCGCUACACCCAGAUGUUCAGCGACGAAAACCCUAAUGCCUGCUCCAUCAUGUAGAAAAAAUAAUAUAAUAAUAUUAGUUAAACUCACGCACGUCCGUACAAAACGAGCAAUAUUUUGUCAACGCAAGUUCAUGUGAAAAUCAUAAUAUGGGACCUCGCGGACGUUGAUGUUCACUAGUGCUAGAUAAGCCAAAUAGUGGGGUGAUUGAUUAUUUUGGGCUUCAUAUUAUGAUUAUGAUUGAUUAAUAUAUAUCUUCUUGCACCAACCUCCUAUGUAGAGGCUCUGGCGCACGCGCUGGAGAGUUAUUAAUUACAAGAGUUUUAAUGGUGACCGUCGAUAUAUAGUUCGUUUUGCGGUCUCUGUUACAUAUAAAAUUAUUAUUAAUCUACUUUCU